UCCGCAAGGGAGUGUUGCCGAUGCACUUGCCAAGUGUGAAGUGUUGCUUUCGUAUUCGUAAACAGUAAAGUUUUCGUAAACAGUGCCGGCAGACUUCCAGUCCCAGAUAAUCGUCAUACACUCUAUUCUUACUUAGCUAUAUACAGAAAAAUGAGGAAAAAAAAUACCAGUGACCGCAAGACGCUUAAAAGCAAGUACACCAACAUCAAAAAGAAGAAGCAGCGCCGCAUCAAGAUACGCAGAGACCAGAAGAAAAAUCCUAACAAGUAUCAUAAAAAGAAGGCUGAUCCUGGUGUUCCUAAUGCGGCCCCAUUUAAAGUUGACAUCAUUAAUGAGAAGCAGCAGUUUUUGGAGCAGCAGAGCCAAGACCUUGCCAGAAAUAAAGCUAUUAUUCAUGAAGCUCGAGCUAAAUGGAGGGAAGAAAAACUUGCAGUCAAGCGCAAACUCACUGAUGUACUCAAGCUGCCAAAACCCACACAUAAUAAGGAUGCUGACAAAUUAUCUGAAACAAUGAACAAUGAGCCCCAGUCACCAGAGACUGAGCAUCUAAGUGACAAUGAAAAUAUGCAGCCUAUUUUGGAUGAUGGCACCCUAAUGAUUCGUGAAGAACAGAAAACCGCGUCAGCCAUUGCUGAAGCUGCCAAACUCAAGGCACAAGAAUUUAACCAUCGCGUUGCAAUGGCCAAAAAUGAACAGGAAAGAAUUGAAGAUGCUCGCAUGCUUCCAUGGAGUAGCCGCACGCGGUACAACGAAGUAAAAAAGGUUAUUGAAGAGGCUGAUAUUUUGUUGGAAGUGUUGGACGCCCGGGAUCCGCUGGGUACACGUUGCUCUCCACUUGAGGCUUUAAUUCGCUCAUAUCCAAACAAGAAGCUUGUAUUUGUGCUCAACAAAGCUGACCUGGUGCCUAAGAACAACUUGGAGGCGUGGCUCAGCUACCUUAGGGCAGAGGCUCCAACUGUACCCUUCAGAGCUGCCAUUCAGCAGAAGUCUCUGCAGAGUGCUUAUAAGAGGAUGGUGCACCUGGGCCAAGAAACUUUACGCACAGGCAAGAGUAUGGGCUGUGACGUUCUACUGCAGCUUCUCAAGAACUACGCUAGGUCGUUUAGUGACGCAGGUGCCGUUGUAGGCGUCGUUGGGCUCCCCAACGUCGGGAAGAGCAGCAUUAUCAACAGCCUUAAAAAGCUCAAGACCUGCCAAGUCUCAGCCACUGCCGGCAGCACCAGAUCCAUGCGUCUGGUGAAACUGGACGCUAAGAUGCAUCUGAUCGAUAGUCCUGGUGUAGCAAUCCCUAGUAGGGAAAUGUCCGCCGUCGAGGCAACCUUAAAGAACGUCGUCAAUUUGAAUCACGUCAAGGAUCUGCUUUCACCUGCAUUGGAGAUAUUCAAGCGUUCGGACCCUAUGGCGUUGUCACUGUUCUAUGGGGUACGGAAGGUAGAUGAUGGUGAAAUGUUCCUGUCGUUAAUUUCAAAGAAGGCUGGCAAAUUCAACAAGGAUGGAGUUUCAAGUAUCGAAGCAGCUGCACAGAAAUUACUUCAUGACUGGAAUCAUGGCGCGUUGCGGCACUACACUGAGCCUCCUAAGCGCGCUGACCCCGAGGUGCAGUCACGUAUCGUGCCCAACGCCUUGGCUGCGGACGUCGCCGAUAAGGAAGCAGCCUUCAUGGAGUUGUUGAGUGAAGGAAAACCAUCAGUCUCUGUCAAGUUGGACAGCAGCGCUCCUGUGCAGAUUUUGUGGGGCUUAAAUGAGGACCAAACUCUCGAGACUAACGACAGCAUGGCUGAAGACACUGACGAUGACGAUGCAGAUGAGGAGGCAGAAGCCGGCGACACCAGCGAUGACUUCCAAGAUGCCACCGAAUCGCAGUCUGACCAGGAGCCCAUGGACACCUAAAAAUGAUUGUUAUCGCCACUAUUAUGAUUGAAGUUGUGAA